AUGGCAGCUAAUCAGCAAUCAUUCUUUCGGUACAUUGACGAAAACUUCGGACACAAUACAACAGACGCAAUGAAAGCAUACGCAUCCUACAACAGAAAAUUGGCCAACCUACAAAAUCAAAAAUCGUUUCUAAUCAUGUGCAGACGGCAGGGAGUGUUUCCUGCACAUAUAGUGAACUCGUUCAAGUGCGUACACCAACUUCUGGUCGAAAACGGUCCGUACAUCAACAAGGUUGACAGGACAAUCAACAGGUUCAAAAAGGCAAUCCUCAACCUUGAAAUAAAACAGACGUUUUUCAAAAUCAAGCAGACAACGACGGGCAUGCAGACGUUGAAGUCCACCAUCCACUCCAUGACCAGCGAAAGAGUGGCAGAAGAGUUUGUAGUAACGCAAAGAGCGGCACACGACAAGUGGUUAAGCAGGAACAACAGACGAACGUCGAGAAAACUCACGAACAUCGUGCAGGGCACCCCCCGUAACGACAACCAACUUCCGUCGUUCAACGAGCGCGCUAUCCUCAACGCGACGCAAUUGGAAAUUCCACCCGCCACCCUACACCUGCUUAGUCUCGGUCCAAAAUUUGCUCUCCCGACCACAUCAUUGUCGCAGGUACCUUUCUACCAUUUCCUAGCUGAUGCAGAACGAAUCCUGCUCACGAAUGGAGACAAAAAGGUGCAGGAUAAGAACCGAUGCCGAAUUGUGAAUGCGAUGCAGAAUUUCAUUCACGGUUUCCAUUCAAUGGUGGAUACAAGGGACAGCACAACGAAGUUCUGUGUAACGGCAGUCGGCGCAACUAAAAUGUACCUACAGUCCCACCCCGAGAUAUGCGUCUUGUCUGCCGACAAGGGGAACAGAACCGUGAUUAUGAUGAGGGAAGACUACGACCGGAAAAUGCGAGCGCUGGUGAGUGACACAACCACGUACGAAAACGUCAAAACGGAUCCCACGGCAAGGUACCAGAACGGAAACAACAGCAUGGUCAGAAGGCUCAAAGAUUUAAAACUAAUCGACCACAGAACAGCGAAAGAACUAUCCUCGACCAAUGCAACAUGCCCCAGGAUCUACGGCCAACCAAAAGCGCACAAACCGGACCUCCCGCUCCGCCCCGUCAUCCCCAACAUCACAGCCCCUACGUACAAGCUGGCCAAAUACAUCGCUGAUAUUCUACAAAACUCAUUCCAUAGCCAGUACAGCACGACAAGCUCGUUUGAAUUUUGUGGAGAUGUCAACCAAGUUGUACUUCCGGAGGGAUACAUUAUGAUCUCCCUCGACGUCACCUCACUAUUCACCAAUGUACCGCGACACCUGGUCAUCAGGAGCAUCAUCAAUCGGUGGAACGAGGUCAAAACACAAAUCAAUCUUGACUUGUUCCUCGAGAUUGUGGAAUACUGUAUGGAAGCUAGCUACUUCUGCUUCGAAGGACGGUAUUUCAAGCAAACAUACGGGACGGCCAUGGGCAGCCCACUGUCGCCCAUUGUGGCAGACAUCGUGUUGGACUCGGUUAUCAAAACAGCUAUGAACUCUCUACCCUUUGAGAUAACCAUCUUUAGAAAAUACGUGGAUGAUAUCUUCAUGGCUAUCCCACGGGAAUGCGUACAACAGGUCCUGGAUGCCUUCAACAGGAUUGAACCGAGGCUACAGUUCACCACCGAAGAAGAAAAAGAGAACCGCCUCCCAUUCCUCGACAUGACGGUCAUUCGUAAUGCAGACCAAACAUUGACGACGGAAUGGUACGCAAAACCAAUAGCCUCAGGUAGAAUGUUGAACUACAAUUCAUUCCACCAGCCUAAGUACAAGAUCAAUGUAGCAAAUAACUUCAUCCACCGAGUAUGCUCGCUCACCCGCAACAAGCCGUUAGAUGAAAUAGCCAAAACGAUUCACCAACAUCUCCGCCAAAACAAUUAUCCGAAGUCGCUCAUCAAUAGACUGCUACACUUGUACAUGAGCAAGCAUCCAACACCCAACGAGAACCACCCACAACCCAACCGCCAACAGCAACAUCAGCCGAUUGAAACCAUCCCUCAUACCCCUCCGCAACUACCGCCAACCUUGCCAACCAUCAGCGAGAUCAACAACCAACUUCUGCAUACAACACCCGGCCGACCAUCCUGCCAGCCAUCUCCCGUACCACCCACAGCAGCAUCAAACACAAACAACCCUACCGAUUUCGUCCAAAGCCAACCAUCAUGUCAGCCACCCACCCUCCCAGUCAUCACAACACCAAAUGACCUGCAACAUCAGCAACCACUCUAUGAUCCCACGAGCGAUAGAAGCGACCAUCUCCAAAUACACGCAAUCACCGACGAUCACCGAACAGCCAACAGCAUCGAGCAUCAAAACACCGUAUGUCCAUCCAACGAACCUGAAACAACAAGGAAUGAAAAAGUGUACAGGUCGAUUCCGUACAUACCUGCACUCUCGCAACGCAUAACCAAAAUCCUGACCAAAGACUACCCAAACAUCAACAUCACGACUAGACAACACCGGACCAUCAAUCAACUGCAUACCAAAGUUAAAUACCCUUAUCGCUCAACUCCCCCAGCCACAGCCAGCCAGCCAGUCAGCACUACUGAUGGGGCUGCGGUUGGACAGCAGCAGAGCCACUCGAUAUCGGUUGAAGUUGAACGUUAA